UUGGACGCGGGCAGAAGCUGCAGGGGUUUUGCAAGGAUUUUACCUUAAGAGGAAAAAUCCACUGUGCCACGCGUGGUUGCAGCCGAGGCUAGCUUGCUGAACCAGUUCUCCGACGCCCUAGGAGGGACAGAGGGAGGAGCUGGGCUGAAACGUCCCGAUCUCUGACUCGCCGCCUGCUGCCCCUCCGUUACCACGCUGGCGCGCCCUUCACCCCGGGGGACGGAAUGGGGAGCGAGCCCGCACCCCGCUGGUGUCCCGGCCUGCAGUUGCGGUGACGUCACUCCAUUGGGGUCAGCGGAAUGAAGGCACCGUUUUCUCUUACCCUCCCCUCCCCCCAGUUCCAGAAAGGAGGUCCCUGAGCCCAAGAUUAACCUCCAUAGCAAUCUGGAAGGCCAGGUUCAAGUUUGGAAUUCUUGUAUUCUUCAGCAUAACGAGCUGGAACUUGGAAGCACAGAGAGUGGCUCCAGCUCAAAGCCUGUGGCCUGGCUUCCCUCCCUUCACAUCCUUUCUCCAUCCCCCACCACAAGAGACACCUUUCUCACACAUGUGUCCUCAUGUGCAAACAGCUGCUUCUUAAGGGGCCACUUCUCAGAUCUGACAUAAUCUGCCUGCCAAAGUGGCAAAUCUUGGGGCAGCCUGCACGUGGCCCCUAUACCCUCCAUCUUGCCCAGUCUGAGGCUGCUACUGGCCAGGUGUUGUGGAGGUACAGACUUGGAUCAAGCACAGCCCCUGGCCAUCUGAGGCCUCCAGGUGUGCUUCUGGAGGAAACCAAAAUAAGCGUAAGGACAUUUAAUGUUGCAGGUGGGCCUGAGGUUCCUCAUCUGUAAAUUACAGGCAUUGCAUGAAGCGAUCGCUGACUUCCUUCCAGGGCUCCGCUGGGACCUUGCCUCAUUUGCCUCCUAGUAGAUGAAACAGGGCACCAUGCUUUGUUUCACUUGGCAUCAGGCUAAAUAUGCCUGCACCCUCGGCCCCAGCAGAAUGGUCUCCAUGUGGCGUGUGUACACGUGUACAAGCAGGAGGAGUCAGGAGCGGAGAAACAGAAAGCAUCUGGCUUAGUGUUCAAGCCCCCUCUGAGAGUUCCCAUAGGAGGCUGCUGACCGCCUGAAUCCAUGAACCCUAAGGAGGAAUUUUGUCUCUUCAUUUCAUUAGAGGACCCUUGCUGAGUCCCUGCUAGCUGCCCCGAACCAAUGCAGCAGGAAUUACAAAGAAACACUAGGGCUCCCACGCCCCUCUCUAUUGACGGAAGCUUUUCUAGAAGGCCACCUGCAAAGGUAGGAAUCCCCCAGCUGGGCGGUUCGAGGCCACCAGGUGCAUGAAAAGCCACAGGUUGCUGGUCCUUCUGUUACAUGCAGUGGUCCUUGGCCUACCCAGUGCUGGGGCCCCUGAGGCCUGCACGCGCACCUGCCCCGCAGCCUGUGUCUGCAGCAGCACAGAGCAUGGCUGCCAGGUGCGCUGCGACCGCGCCGGCCUCCUGCGGGUGCCGGACGAGUUCCCAUGCGAGGCGGCCUCCAUCGACCUGGACCGCAACGGCCUGCGCCUCCUGGGCGAACGGGCUUUUGGCACGCUGCCGUCGCUGCGCCGCCUGUCGCUGCGCCACAACAACCUGUCCUUCAUCACGCCUGGCGCCUUUAAGGGCCUGUCGCGACUGGUUGAGCUGCACCUGGCACACAACGGUGACCUGCGCUACCUGCACGCGCGCACCUUCACGGCGCUGGGCCGCCUACUCCGCCUCGAUCUGGCCGCCUGUCGCCUCUUCAGUGUGCCCGAGCGCCUCCUGGCCGAGCUGCCCGCCUUGCGCGAGCUCGCCGCCUUCGACAACCUGUUCCGCCGUGUGCCCAGCGCUCUGCGUGGCCUGGCCAACCUGACGCAGGCGCACCUGGAGCGCGGCCGCAUUGAAGCCGUGGCCUCCAGCUCGCUGCAGGGCCUGCGGCGCCUGCGCUUGCUCAGCCUGCAGGUCAACCGCAUCCGCACUGUGCACUCUGGCGCCUUCCGUGACUGCGGCGCCCUGGAGCACCUGCUGCUCAAUGACAACCUGCUGGCCGCGCUGCCGGCUGAGGCCUUCCGCGGCCUGCACCGCUUGCGCAUGCUCAACCUGGGCGGCAACGCGCUGGGCCUCGUGUCACGUGCGUGGUUCACUGACCUGGCCGAGCUUGAGCUGCUCUACUUGGACCGCAACAGUAUCGCCUUCGUGGAGGAGGGUGCCUUCCAGAACCUCUCAGGACUCCUCACUCUGCACCUCAACAGCAACCACCUUAUGGUGCUCACUGGGGCCGCCUUCCAGCCUGGCUUUUUCCUGGGUCGCCUCUUUCUCUUUCACAACCCGUGGCGCUGCGACUGCCGCCUGAAGUGGCUGCAGGACUGGAUGGAGAGCUCUGGGUAUGUAGCUGAUGUGCUGUGUGUCUCCCCCAGCUCCGUGGCGGGCCUGGACAUCUGCCAGGUGGCUUUUGGACGCUCCUCUGAAGGCCUCUGUGUGGACCCCGAGGAGCUGAACCUCACCAUGUCCAGUCCAGGCCCGUCCCCAGAACCAGAGGCCACCACGGUGAGCAGGUUCAGCAGUCUUCUCUCCAAGCUCUUGGCCCCGAGGGCCCCAGCAGAGCAGGCCGCCAACACCACUGAGGGGCUGGUCAAUGCCUCGCUGUCGAACAGCCUUCUCUCUUAUGGAAUGGGAGGCUCGGGCCAUAACACCAGGUUUCUCUUUGGCUCUAGUCUCCUGCUCAGUGUGGCCCACCACGUGGUAUUUGUCUAGAGGUGAACUGACCCUGCCACACUGGGAUGGCCCAAAUUGCCUUGGACAGUGGAGGAAAGUUUCAUUAACUGGGCUUGAGGGUGUUUGUGGUGGGGGAAGAGGGGAACAGGUUGGGGCAGGUGGUGAAAAUUCCAGCAGAGGUAGGAAGAAACACUUUGCCUACAAAGAGGGCCCUAGGAAGAGGGGAACCCUGGGAAAUGCCAUGGUGGUGGCUGGGGGUGGAGGGGAUGCAGGAUGGAUUUCUGCUCAUGUCACAUGGGCAUCAGCUGGAAGAAAAGACUAGGAAUUGGAAGCUCCUAGGGCUACAGGGCUCCAUCCCCAACCCUUCCCCCCACCUUCCAGGAUACAGUCCACAAUGCCUGAAUUAGAAUCAAUCCAUUGGCUAAAUAAAUACUAAGAACUGUGCCAAUUCUUAUAGCCAGACAACCCAGUAAACUCAAUCCCUUUGUUUUCUACCACAAUCAUCCAGUCCCUCCCCCAGGGGCCUGGGGCCCUGGCAUCCAGGAAGAUGGACAGAACAGGAGAGAAGGGGGAUGGGAGAGGGUCUUAGUCCCAAGGAGGUGGCAGCGAUUUCUGGGGUCUGAUAUGUGUUAGGAAGCAUUUAAAACAAAGACCUGUUUCAUUUACUCCACAGUUAUUCCCAAGGGGUGGCCUUAGCUGAAAUGGAUCUUUAGGGCAGGGUAGGGAUAAAAAGAAGGGGAGUGUUUGUGGAACAAAUAUAUUUGUAAAAUCCUAAAAUUAAAAAAAAAGUUAACUAGGUUUCAAUACUGCAGCACUUUUCAGAGUCUUUCAUAUGCAAACAUGUAUUGUGAAUCUCUGGGGAGGCCACAAAUCCUCUUAGCAUUUCAUGGGAAGAGUGUCCAGAAGACACAGAGAUGCUAUGUUAGCAGGGCAGGGAGUCUCCAGCCUGGAUUUACCAUUAGGUAUGGAAAUUAUUAUGGGCUGCACACUUUGGGACUGAGUAGCAGCCAAGUGGAAGAGAGGCGGCCAGUAGCUGGGAAGGGGGUCUGAGAGAUUUCCCAGGAUGGGAGUUGGCCAACUGUAAGCCCCUAGGCCUGAGUGCCAGAGCGAAGGCUGUCUGCUAAAUACUUCAUUGCACACAUCUCAUGAAGACUACAUGUGUCACCAUUCUGGAAAAACUUAAUCUUAAUGUCCUGAGUUCCUCUCUGUAUUUGAAGUGGUGGGUUUUCAAAGCCCACAUGGAUUCAGGGUGCAUGGAGCUGUCAUUUCUUCAUGGUGACAGUGUUGGUGUCUGUAGGUAAUACUAGGUAUUAGAAAUGUGGCAGGAGGCACCAUUGAGGCAGGAAUGUUUUUGUGACCAUUAGUGGUCACCAGUGCAAUUAAACAGGUUACAUUUAAAAAACCGAGAUAGAACAGAAAAGUCACAGGGCAUCCUGUGUAAUAAG